AGAAAUUCAGCUGAAGCUUGUUCACUCCUUCUCCGUGUCCCAUAAGGUUCAGCGUGUAUCUGUCGAGAAGUUACUGGCGGAGGGAGUUUAAAACAUUUUUGUCUGAGUCCGCGGAAGAAGAGGAACACAAAGAAGAAGUAGCGGUGACAGCGUUUUUACCCGCUCAAGUGGUACAUAUUUCCGACAGAGCCAGUGAAAGAAAUAUUUCAAAAGUGUCUGCAAGCAAAAGAGACCACGUUUUAAGUCAACGCAGCAGUAUGAUUCUUACGAAAAAACAUUGCCUUCUGUGAUGUCAAAUGAUGGUAUCAAGACGUCAUGAUCUUCUUUUGUUGUGUGGGAGUUCCUUAUCACUUUCACACUGAGCAGGGAUAUUUCAUUGCAGAGAGCUAAACAUGAACAUGAACAUAAGCAUGGUUUUAAACGAAUCAUGUAACAAUACCACCUGCAAUGACACUCCCAUUGUGAAUGGGGAUGGCAAGCCAGUUACCAGCAUCAUCAUGUUUCUGGCUGCCGUGGUGGGGAACCUCCUGGCUCUCUUCAUCCUCGGGGUGCACCAGAAAGAGCAUCGCUCCAGGUCCUCUGUCUUCUGCAUCCUGGUGACGGGCUUGGCCCUCACUGACCUGCUGGGCACCUGCCUCCUCAGCCCACCUGUGUUCAUCUGCUACGCCAGCAACAAGUCCCUGAUCACUCUGGGGGGUGCGGGCCUUUGCAACCACUUUGGCUUUGCCAUGAGUUUCUUCGGCCUGGCUCCCACGCUCAUCCUGUGCGCUAUGGCCGUGGAGCGCUGCCUGGCCAUCAGCCACCCUUACUUUUACUCUGUACACAUCCGCCACAGCUUUGCCAAAUUCACUCUUUUCUUUAUCUACCUCUUUUCUUUGGCCUUUUGCCUCCUGCCAUACAGCGGCUAUGGCAAAUUCAGACAGUACUGUCCCGGGACGUGGUGCUUCAUCGACAUGGACGCUACAGGGGAUGAAAAGUCCAGCUUGGUGCUUGCCUUCUCUCUGUCCUACUCUUCUCUCAUGGCCCUGCUGAUCUUUGCAGUGUUUGUGUGCAACGGCUCAGUGAUUGUCAGCCUGUGCCAGAUGCACCGGAGCCAGAUGAUGCGGCGUGGCUCGGUCGGGUCGGCGGGGAGGAGGAGGAGGAUGAGCCUGGCCUGGUUUGUACAGGGGGAAGAAGAGGUGGACCAUCUGGUGCUGCUGGCAGUCAUCACCGUCAUCUUCGUGGUCUGCUCCCUGCCACUCACUAUUGCAGGCUUCAUCAACGCCAUUCACCCAUUUUGUGGCGACACAGAGAACCUGACAGCCUUCCGCUUCUACGCCCUGAACCCCAUCGUGGAUCCCUGGGUCUUCAUCAUCUGCCGCAAGUCUGUGUUUCGCCACCUUGGCUCUCUUCUGAGCUGCCGCUUCAGCAAAAGAGCGGUGAAGACGACGGCAAACUGCGCUCUUUCUUUACCACUUGACAAUCACAUACAGCGCAACCCCCCAGAUGUGACAGAUCCACAGACCUACUCCGGUUUACCUCUGUGACCCCACAGAUGACCUCUCAACUGGAGGCAAGAGGCUUUUACGUCUCGUAAAACAUGUUGAAAUGAAACAUUUGCAAACAGGAUUCCUGCCCUCACCAUUUAAAGGCACACAAUGUUGACAAAUCUUUGUCCAUGAACUAACUUUGGAAAAACAAUUGCACAAGUCUUAAACUUCCAUUGACUCAUGGAAACUGUUUCAAAGUAUCAUGGAGAGAUGUCCCAUUAACAAGCAGCACUGUAACAUAGCACUAAGGACCACAUUAAACCAUGACAUAUAUAUCAGGGUUGCCAACUCUCACGCAUCUGGCGUGUGACACACGCUUUCACUCUCAAUCUCACGCUCUCACGCUGCCCAAACUAUUCUCACGCCAAAAAACAAGAAUACCGAAGACUAGAAACGGUUUUGAAAACUGUUGUGACGUAGUGAUCGUCUUCUCAAUAGAACAUCUUUGAUAAUGUCUUCUGGUCAAUCAGAAUCAAGAUAACUGCGU